AUGCCCUCGCCGAGGAAGAGGAAGAACCUAGUGUACGGUACAGGAAUCGAGGGAGAACGGAAAGAAAACCUCCGAGCAAAACCUUUAUCAGGUACUCUCUCAGUCGCUAUUCAAGGCGCCAGAGAGCUAGACCAUGCACCCAUCAUAACUCGAUUUCGUUCAUCGAAAAACCAAGUCGUCGAAACCUCCGUAUCACUCAAAGUCGAAGGCACCCGACUAGCUCGAUCACAUCCUUCCCGCACAGAUCCGCUUAGCUUUCUUGCUCUUUCUUUCGAUUCCCUUCAACGAGCCCAAGCGGAGGAAAUUCUGUGUCUCAGAAAUCUAGCCGGAGCAUCGCAGAUAUUCAGAUUGGAAGAAAGCCUUGCAAAAUUCGGGCUCAACACCAAUCUCCCGCCGCCUUCUUCAGUGCUUAGAGCAGCGCUGUCUACUUUAACGGGUUUGACUACCCCUUCGACCGUUCCAGGAUCGCCAACUACAAAUUCUACUCAUUCCUCUUCGUCGACAUCUUUCUCAUCAUCAUCAUCAACAUCGAACACCGCGUCCCGCUUCACUAGCACUUUUUGCAUCAUUUGGAUCAUCAUUCGCAUCUGCAUCGACCUCAUCCAUCUCCUCGCAUGCUCUCGUUUCACUAUCUACAUUGGUCUACCGUCACCGGGAUCUCAUCGCUCUACUCCUUCAUUCUCCACUUCAUCCGAAUACAAUGAGCUAGACAAAUCUGAUGGCUCUGUAUCCUCAUUUGACGACCGUCCUACACGCGGUCAACCAUUAGAAGACUCCUUCCAGCAAUUAUUGCCUUCGAAACCGGGCAACAAUGAUCUGCCCGGGACGAGCUCGAACUUCGAGGCGGUCCCCGCUAUUACCGUUAAUAUGGAACUCAUUGGGCUUCAGCUAGAGCCAGACCCACCAGACCCAGUGAUAAUACCUACUGCAACGUCCUCCUCCACUGCGCUUUCAUCUGAGGGCAGCACUCUCCCCUUACCGUUAUCGAAAGAGGCUAAUGAGAAGGCAUCUGUGGCAACGACAGAGCGAACUAAACCUGCCAGUGCUCCGGGCGGAGGACGAGGAGGGCGUUUUGCAGCCUUUCCUGUGAAAAAGCGUGCACCGACCAGCACAUAUCGUUCUGUUUUCCAGUCUGCAUAUGUCGCGACAUCGGGUUGUGAGACUAGAAUUGUGAAUCCGGUGAACGCGAGGCCAACUACUUGCUAUCCAUAUUGGUCCUGA